AUGGCAACUUCUGAGGGUUCCGCACCAGCCCGAGAGGCAGCGGGUUCCUCCGCCCUUAAGAAGGGGUUGGAAUUGUAUGCGCAGGAGGACUACGAAGCUGCAGCGAAAUUAUUUAAGAAGGCCAUAAACUCUUGCAGCUGUCAAAUCCAUGGUGGGAUGGUAUUAGACUUGAACGAAGACAUCUUGACGGGCAUUGAAAACAACCAAUUGAAGGAAGUCCUCUCAACCUUGACCCCGCGGUCUAGACGCUGUGACAAGCAAGUUCACAUUCGCGCUCUCGACUCGCUUAUUGCUACAUACGAGAUGUUGUUAAAAUUAGACAAGUGUCUUAACCUUGCCGUGGGUAUGGUUAACCUCGCUCCGAGGGAGCCCAAGGUCUAUCUGCGUCUCGGUAAGAUUCUUCGCCUGAAAAGCAAGCAAACCCUUGCGUACCACAUGUAUAGACAGGGUAUUGAACUUGUGGAAAGAAAGAACCCCAAUCAUUCUUUAUUGCCUAAGUUGCGAGUUCAGAGAGAUAGGGUAGCUACUUUAGCCGCGUUUGAUCCCGUCACGAAGUUCCCUAUCGAACUUGUUCGUAUGACAUUCGAGUUUCUUGACUUCAAGACCUUAUGUCAUCCUGGCAUUCGAAGAAUGCUACCUGCCUUCAAAGCGUAUAACAAAUACGGCAAGAAUGCUCUCAGAGAGUUGUCUAUCGAUGGCCUAUCCCACUUCUUGCAGUGGUGUAAGUUCUCGCAGGUUAUAGAAAUCUCUCAGCAACUCAAGGUGCUUAAACUCCGAGAGCCGCGAGGCUCUUUUGAAUUGGAAUCAUUGCCCUCAAAACUACGGCUACCACAGCUCACCAACCUCUCCUUGGGUUACGGAGUACGGCCGCGGCCUCAAGUUUUAGAGCAACUGAUAACUGCAUGCGGGAACUCGCUAGAAGAGCUCUCAAUCUUCGAGCUCCCGCACUGUGCCAGAUUGGCAUCUGAUCAGGUGCCAUGGUAUCCUGGUUGGGUAAAACUUGAAAAGCUGAAAGUUGUUCGACUCGCAUAUCCGAAUUAUGAAUUACGUGCAGGCCCUGUCCCCGACUUGCGUGGCAUCAUGGAGUUGGCUCCUAACGUGGAAGAAGCCUGGAUCGACGAUCUCACGUACUCGUCUAAGAUGCUAAUGACCAAAUGGCCAAAACUGCAAAACAUAUUUGUUGGGAACCGUGCCCGCUUAUACACUGUCGUUGGCGAAGAUGACGUGGAAGGUGGCUACAACGAAGAUAUGCGUGAGCUGCAUCUUGAGGGCCGGUCUGCUCAGUCACGCUUCAAUAAAUCUAAGCCGGAACACAAGGUGAACGACAUAGACUCAUUUAGCUAUCGAUCACGCAUGGAAAAGGCCGGGAUUCAUUAUCAGGAGAGAGUGUUGGAAUUAUAUUACAAGGAGAGAGUGUGGGAACUACCGUCUUGGGUUAACGAACUUCUCACUAAACUACAACAACCGUCCGAGAACACUAUGACAGAAGAAGAUAUGACAAUGCGGCUCCGCUACGUCAAGCUAGCAAUGGGAAGUAUUGAGGAGAAGAUGAUGGACACCGUUAAAUUACUGGGUCGCGACGUAUUUGGACCAAGCUCUGAUGGUGAUAUCCCGACAGUGUCGAUGAACACAAAGUUCCGCGACCGCUUUGUUCCCAAUGGCGUGAUCACUCCGCAACCCAGCUUCACCUUUGGAUACGGUUCGUCCGAUAUCCCCACAUCACUCACCAAUUCAACUGUAUCGUUGCUCGCAACGAAUCCGUCCGUCGAUUUCAAGGUAAACUUCCCCUAUAUGAUCGUAGAAGUAGAAGUAAGUGCCGACGCGAGCACACACGGCAAAGAAAACCGGUGUCUCGGCGCAGCAGCAACAUGUCUCCAUCUGAACAGCAAACUACUCCAAGGGAACCUAGCCAUCUUCGCAGUUAUCGUCUUGCCCGUCGGGCUGGCAGAGUUCUUCAUCAUGUGGAAGGACGGCGACAAAUGCAUCAUGAAGAAGUUCCGCAGCUUUGCCUUGUAUGAGUACGACCAGCAUAGGGCGUGUCAGAUGCUAUGGAGCAAUAUCCGCAACUGGGCUAUGAAUGAGCGGUUGAAGGAUAUCAGUAGAGACCUCGAGAAGGUGUCCGAGCAAGGAAGAAAACGGUCGCUACUCUCUUCCGAGGAUCUGAUGUCUGAACUAGGCAAAAGACAAAAGAUAACGGCGGACACACACUCACUUUCCAGAUGA